CUAUAGUAUUUCAGGAUACGUUAAGUACGGAAUCUCGCUGCGUUUUGAUUGGGCGUUUUAAAGGAAAAGAUUAAGGUCUGAUGAGAAAGGGACCGUCUAUAAGGGCUUCACCAGGGCGCACACUCGCGUCCGUUUUUUGUCGCGGUUUUAGCCUAAUAUAAAGCGGCUGCGUUUGGCUUAGCUGCUCGAUAAGGAAAUGUUUGCGAGCUGUAUUGGCCCCGAUGGCGGAGAAGAAGGUGUCACGAUGACAUGGCGACCUCAGUACCACAGCUCAAAGUUCCGCCACGUGUUUGGGAAGCCUGCCACCAAGCCGAACUGCUACGAUGGCGUGCCCAUCACCAUGAGCGUCCAUGACAACCACUUCUGUGCAGUCAACCCUAGCUUUAUUGCGGUGAUCACAGAGUGUGCCGGAGGCGGGGCCUUCCUGGUCAUCCCCAUUCACCACACGGGGAAAGUUGACCGCCACCACCCUCGCGUUUGUGGCCACCGUGGGAAUGUGCUGGACGUCAAGUGGAAUCCAUUUGAUGACUGCUGCAUCGCAUCCUGCUCUGAGGACACCACAGUUAAAAUCUGGGACAUUCCAAAGCUGGGCCUGCGGAAGGACAUUGUGGCCUUCCGGAAGGACCUGCAGGGCCAUUCUCGCCGGGUGGGCCUCAUCGAGUGGCAUCCGACCGCCAGAGGCGUGCUUUUCAGCACAGCUUACGACUGCAAGGUGAUGGUGUGGAAUCUGGACACAGUGGAGCGGGUGAUCAAGAACCCAGUGAAGACCAUUAGCCUACACACAGAUGUGGUCCUCUCCAUGUCCUUCAACACGGACGGCAGCCGGCUGGCCACCACCUGCAAGGACAAGAAGGUGCGCGUCAUCGAGCCCCGCACAGGGACGCUGCUGCAGGAAGCUACCUGCAAGUCACACAAAGCCAACAAAGUCUUGUACCUGGGAAACGCAAAGAUGCUCCUGUCGACUGGGAGUUCAUGCUGGAACCAAAGGCAGAUUGCGCUGUGGGAUCAGGAGGACCUGUCCGCACCUUUGCUGGAAGAGGACCUGGAUGACGGUUCUGGGGUGAUCUUCCCUUUCUAUGAUCCUGACACCCACAUGCUGUACCUGGCCGGAAAGGGUGAUGGGACCAUCAGGUACUAUGAAAUCAGCCUUGAAAAACCCUACAUGCAGUUCCUGAAUGAGUAUCGCUCCCCCCUCCCUCAGAAAGGCCUGGGCAUCAUGCCCAAGCGAGGUCUGGAUGUGUGCUCCUGCGAGGUGUUCCGCUUCUACAGGCUGGUGACCACCAAAAGCCUCAUCGAGAUGCUCUCCAUGAUUGUCCCUCGCAGGUCAGAAUGCUACCAGGAGGACAUCUACCCGAUGACCGCAGGGACUGAGCCGGCCAUGACCGCAGAGGAGUGGCUCGGUGGUCUCAACAGAGGCCCUGUGCUGGUUUCCUUAAGACCAAGCAGCAAGCUUCCCAAGGUCAUGCCAGAAUUCCCCCUGAGAUGCCCCCUGUACCCGACGCACCGCAGAAGCAGCCCCGGUAUCCUGGCGCUGACCUCUGAUCAGGAGCGACGGGAUGGAAGGCACCCGGAAGCCCGCGAGUGCAGCCUGGCCACCUUAUCCAACGGGUACCAGGCCUGGAGCUCGCCUAGAACUGAAAGUCAGUUUCUGCAGCUGUUUUACCAGCAACAGGAAGAGAUCUUUCUCCUGAGAGAGCAGCUGCGUCAGAAGGAUGUGCAGAUCAUGCAGCUGGAGCUGGACAUGAAGAACAUGAGGAACUUUCUGGGGUCUCAUUGAUGGGCGCGUCCUGAGCCGGAGCCCUGGACUUUUAUACUUCUGAUGGUUACAGAGCUGUGUCCAUCCCUUUUGUAUUUAUUUUGAGCUUGUGUACAUUUUUAUUGUAGUCUAAUUUGUCUUUAUUAAAACAAUGUGUUUAACACA